AUGGAUGAUAAGUAUUCCUUUGAAGGGUCUGUGCUUGCACAUGAUGAGUAUGGUAAUAAAUCAAAAUGCAGAGAAGAUGUGAAUAACGAAGCAUGUGGUGGGUUUGAAUGCAAUAUCUGUCUAGAUCCAGUUCAAGAUGCAGUGGUGACAAUCUGUGGUCAUCUCUAUUGCUGGAAAUGCAUUUACAAAUGGAUUCAUUUGGAAAGCAGCAAUGAGAAACAAUGCCCAGUUUGUAAAGCUGAGGUUUCAGAGAGAAGGUUGAUCCCUCUUUACGCGGCGGGGAGAGGAAAUGAAACCCAUCAUGAAAAACAACAACUUUGUCGUCCUAAAAUCCCUCCAAGACCUUCUUCUUGUUCUUUAUCAUCAUCUCAUCGUCCAAACCCAUGUCGACAACACAGGCAACAUAACUCUGAUCCCUUUUUAGUGGCGGGGGGAAUGAAUGGAGAAAUGAUUUAUGAGAGGAUGUUUGGGAAUUCAAUAAGUAAUCGUGAUCCAAACUCAUAUGGAAAUGGAAGAUCAAGGUACUUGGUGGAGAUAGAGAGGUCAUUGGAUAGAUUAUCCCUUUUUCUAUUCUGCUUUGUAAUUUACUGCCUUGUUUUGUUCUGA